AUGAAAUCAACUUGUUUGGGUCGAACCUUCUUCUUCUUCCCUAUUCCACUCAAUCUCACCACCAUCGUCCCAGUUCGCAAAACCCUAAUCAAAUACAACUGCUGCUCCUCAACCAUGUCAGACUCGAAUCACAGUGACCCAACCAAACUAACUUCCCAAAAUGUUCAGAAUUACCCAGUGCCACUCUCCCCACCACUGCCUUUAAUCUCAAAGGACCUAGAGCUGAGUAGAGCCAUGUCCGCCUCAUCAAAAUCCAGUCUUUAUUCCACAUCUAGAAGGGACUUUAUAUAUGAAGAUGAGUGGCUUAUUGCCGUCAACAAGCCUCAGGGAGUGUACUGUGAGAGCGUGUUUGAGUCAGUUCGGAAGGUUCUCUCUGAAUCGAUUGAUCCAGGGAUUGAGGCAAGCCCUCUUGAGCUUCAUCUUGCAAAUCGCCUUGAUCGUGACACCAGUGGACUAAUGCUUAUAACCAAGUCUCACAAAGUAGCUGCCAAGCUUGUUAAGGCAUUUACAACACACACAGUUACUAAAACUUACAUUGCAUUGUGCAUUGGUUCAGUUCCAAAGUGGGAAAAGAUCACCAUUAGAUCAGGUCAUGGUCGGUCGAAGUUUGGUGCCUGGCGUGUCUAUGCUGCAUCGGAUGUUGGUAGGAAACUUCCAGGCGGAUCAGUCGUGAGAGACAUGGAAACAUCAUUCGAAUUGUUAUCAGUAAGUGGACAAGGGAUCUUUAAGGAGCCAUCCAUAUUCGAGCAAGAUGAAAGUAAGGUCAUCAUAGUUGAAGAGAGAGCUGUAAUCAAUACAGAGGGAAAGAAAGAUGAAAUUUUGGUAAGAGCUAGUCCAAAAAGUGGAAGAUCUCAUCAAAUCCGCUUGCACUGCCAGUACCUUGGAAUUUCCAUAAGAGGAGAUGUCAAAUAUGAGGGUUUGCAUGAGUGGAGAGGGAGAACUUAUGAUGGCCAUGAACUUCAUGCUGAGAGUCUUUCAUUUGAGCACCCCAUUACUGGUCAUCCGCUUGUGUUUAAGGCACCUCUGCCUUCAUGGGCCACCGAGGCGUGGCACCAGUAAUGAUCUUCAAAGCAUGGCAGGUUUCAAUGAAAUCUUUCUAUGCAAGUUGCACCAUUUCAUGCUGUUUGCUGAUUUCCCUGGAAAAGAUGUGGGAGAAAACCAACAAGCAGAGAUCCUUGCUCAACACAUUCUCCAUUUUUUUUGCAGCUUAUUCAGAAAGUAAGAUUCCUUGAGUUAUUAUUUCAGAAGCUAACCUAUUGAGUAACAUACUUGUAUGAGAAUUAUAGGGAUUAAUAGAGAGCAGACAAGCCAAGAUGAACAACAAAGUCAUUUAGAUAUACAAUUAAAGAGUGUAGCAACUGUGUAAUAAUAUGAUACUCACAGUUUUUGUCCGUCAUCGUGUGAUUUAUAGUUAUUUAUAGAAAAGUUGGAUUUGUUUCUUAGAAAAACUUAUGUCCUGCUAUUUUUAAAGAUUAACAAUAACAAGAAUAAGAAAUAGCAAAUGUCUGUUAUUUAUUGUCA